CCUAUAGACACCCAUGUACGACGAUACAUCCAAACUAGAGCAAAGUCAGAGCAGGAUCACUAAGCAGACGCCAGAGUUGGAUCUGAUGUGUUCAACGUCUUUAAGAUCAUCAAGGAAUAAAGGAGUCUUGUGAAACAGUGCAGCAUGGAGAAGACAGAGGAGCUCAAGGCACAGAAACAAGAACUUGAACAAGUGGAGCCAAUCGCAGAACUUAGGGUGGUUCUUCUUGGAAGUCAAUCUGUGGGAAAGAGUGCUACCUUAAACACAAUCCUGGGAGACAAGAUCCAUGAGUCUGAGAAUAUGAUAACCAGCUCAAUGAUGCACGAGGGACAUAUGGAUCAAACCCCAAUUAAGGUUGUAGACACUCCUGGCUGGUUGAAGAACUUGAAUGUGAAAGACACCACAGAGCAUGUUAAACAGGAAAUCAUGCGGAGCAUCUUCCUGUGCCCUCCUGGGCCUCAUGUGUUCUUGUUGGUCAUUGACACAGACGCUUCCUUUACUGAACAGCAACAUGAUGCAGUGGAGAGCCAACUAGAGGACCACAUGGUCUUGUUUGGCGAGGAUGUUUGGAAAUUCACUCUGGUGUUGUUUACCUAUGGUGAACAGCUGGGGACCAGGCCAUCAAAGAGCACAUCAUGGUGGAGGGCCCCGUCCUGCAGAAGCUGGUGGAGAGAUGUGGCAACAGGUACCACGUCCUCGAUAACAAGAGCAAGAGUGAAAGCAACCAGGUCCCCAAGCUGCUGGAGAGGAUUAAGGAGAUGGUGGCCAUUAACGAAGGCAAGCACUACAUCCCAAACAUGACUGAGUUCAGCCAGAGGGUAGAGAGAGAAAUUAGUGUCUGUCUGGAGGAAAAAUGGAAGAAACGAGAGGCAGAGAUAUAUGAUGAGUUCAAAGAUUACCUGUCCAAGCUGAUGAUGGAUAUGAGAGGACAAGAAGGAUCUGGACCUGAAACAUCUGACACAAGCCUCCAACCCAAACCUGCAAAACAAGAUGCUUGGUGGAAACCCAAGGUUUUCUUCUCACUUAUCAACCAGAGCAAGAGGACUGAGAAGGUUGAGAAGAAGAUCUGUGAGAAACUAAAGAGCAUGGAGGCAGACCUGAAGAAACCGAACAGCCCAGAUUCCAAGAUGAGGAACAGUUUUGACUAUAUAGGGCCAAGCAUGAGUGGAAGUAAUAGGACAUUAUCAGAACCCAGCCCAAGACCCAGACCCAAGGACAAGUUUGAUGAGGUGUUGGCCUGGAUGUCCACAAUGAAGAUUGAAAAUGAAGAUCCCCCUACCUUCAACUACUCACAGGCCACGUCAGGAUACCAAUCCAACAUCUCAGAUGUAUUCUCAAGAGGUGAGAUUGAAGAGUUCAAAGAUUACUUGUCCAGACUGCUGAGGGAUCUGGAAGAAGUAGAAGUACCUGGACUUGACACAUCUGACAUGAGCCUCCAACCCGAACCUGCAAAACAAGGUCUUUGGCGUAAAGUCAGGAGUGAGAAAAUUGAAGAGAUGAAGAAGAAUAUCAUUGAGAAAAUAGACAGCCUAGAGACAGAGCUGCAGAAUGUUUCUGAUUCCAAUUGAAUGCCAGUUUGGAGUUACUAUUCCUGAGGAGUAAGUCCUAGACUGUCCUACAUCUUUGUAUGCAUUUGUGUCAUACAUAAUGUUAAGAGUUGAGUAUAGCUCACCUCCUUGUUCUAUUGUUGUAUUAGCUUACUAUGCAUAACGAUCGAUUAUGCUAACGGUUAGCAUAAUCGAUAAAAGUAGAUAUUUAGAGCCAACUUCAGUCCAUUUACAAAAAACUGACUAUUUUCUCUCAAUAUAAUACGUGUAGAAAAAAUAUUUGACUGUUUAUCUCAUCAAUGGCACUUGAACAAGUAGCCUAGCUGCACAAAAUAAGUGUGCGUGUGACAUCGUGGAUGGAGGUAGCCCUAUGCGUAGUAGGCCUAGUACCUCCACCUACUGGUUAGGACUGUCAACGUGCAACAUUGUAUUGCCUUUGGCCGUUAUGACAGCGAUUUGACAGGCUUAUUUUUCAUGCCACUUAAAGACAUGUUAAUCUCUCAAAGUACGAAAGUCAUUCAAAGCAGGAAAUCAGUAGGAAAUAUGUGCUUGCUUUUAUUGAAAGGCUGUUUAGAUCCUCAGUACGGAUCUUAUCCUUAUCUCAUAAUUAUCUCGUAAUUAUGAGUUAAUAUGUCAUAAUUAUGAGAUAACCUGAUUUUUUUUGUUGUGAUGUGAAUGCA